GGCUGCAGCCCCGUGAUUUCUUAUCUUUGAUUGCUCCAAAUUGAUCAAUCUAGCCAUUGCAUCUAGCUUAUCAUGACUAGCAAUGUGAAACCAUUGAAAUGGUCUUAGAAAUUUUCAACUGUACAAACUUCCAAAAGCCACCUACUUUCUACUCUACAAAAACAAAAGGGUAGAAGAGUCAUCGCACUGAGAAAUAAUGCUGUGCUGACAAGCCAUCCUAAGAUGGCACUUUUUAUCUUCAAACUGGCAGUUCUUGCCCUGGCAACCUCACUUCGCUGACUGAAAUACUUGAGAACGUGGAGAAGAACAGUUAUAGACAUGGCAAAAAACUUCGAAUUUGGAGCCUUCAUGGAGAAAUUUAUUCUCCAACAAAGUUCUUCUCCUCGACAACUUCCACUCAGUGGCCUCACUUUUGCUGUUAAAGACAUAUUUGAUGUGGAUGGAUAUGUCACUGGGUUUGGAAACCCUGACUGGAAAAGGACUCAUUCAGCUGCCAUAACAACGGCACCAGCUGUAUUGGAUGUCUUAGAGGGAGGUGCCACUUGUGUUGGCAAGACUGUCAUGGAUGAAAUGGCAUACAGCAUAAAUGGGGAAAAUAUACAUUAUGGCACUCCCACUAAUCCAUGUGCACCAGAUAGGGUACCUGGAGGAUCUUCCAGCGGCUCUGCUGUUGCAGUGGGUGCAAGGCUCGUGAACUUCUCCCUAGGAACUGACACUGGAGGAAGUGUUAGAGUUCCUGCAUCAUAUUGUGGGAUUCUUGGGUUUCGGCCUUCACAUGAUGCUGUCUCAACUUCUGGAGUUAUUCCUAUGGCACAGAGUUUUGAUACCGUGGGAUGGUUUGCUCAAGAUCCUGUGGUUUUGAAACAAGUUGGAUGCGUCCUGCUGCAUUUACCUAAUGUGAAUCCUGUCACACCUAGUCAGAUUAUCAUUCCAGAAGAUUGUUUCAGCUUGUCAAGCAUUCCAAGUGAUCGAACAAUUCAAGUUCUUGUAAAAUCAGUGGAGAAGCUCUUUGGAGGUCAAAUUCUAAAGCAUGUAGUUCUCGGAGAUUAUGUGAAGGCAAAAGUACCGAGUUUGCAGAAUUUCAUGACCAAGGGGAAUGAAGAACAUGCGUAUAAUAUUCCAUCUUUGGCCGCCCUUUCAAGUGCAAUGCGAUUGCUUCAAAGGUAUGAAUUCAAGAAUAGCCAUGCUGAGUGGGUCACAACAGUGAAUCCUAAUUUUGGUCCAGGACUAUCUGAGAGGAUAUGGGAUGCCAUUAGAACACCAGAGCAAAACAUUGAUGUCUGCCACUCUGUGCGGACUGAAUUACAGGCUGCUCUUACAAGUCUUCUUGAGGAUCAAGGCAUCCUUGCUCUCCCUACUGUUCCAGGGGAUCCACCAAAACUACAAACAAAUCCAGCCACGCUGGAAGUAUUUCGUGCUAGAGCUUUUAGCUUGCUAUCCAUUGCUGGAGUAUCUGGAUUCUGUCAGGUCAGCAUUCCAUUGGGGAUGCAUAAUAAUCUUCCUGUGUCAAUCUCCUUGCUGGCAAAACACGGUUCAGAUGCUUUUCUGCUUAAUCUGGUUGAGACUUUAUAUGACACCAUCCAAGAGGAGGCUGGAAUUGCUGAGAGAAUGAGUAACUGAAUUCUGCCCAAUUCAGCCCUUUUGAAACUUUUUUCCUUUUCCUUUUCCUUUUCCUUUUCACUACAUUUGGCAUUAACUGCCAUCUUCAUUAAUCAUAUAUGUUCAACUGGUGAUGCAUAUAGCUCAGUUCUGUUAAUGAUUGGCUAGCAAUAAGAUUUAAUCUCCAAAUCAGUUGAAAGAUACGAGAAUUAAAAAUUUAAAACUCAAUCAAACUCGCCCUUGAAUACAUCAUGGAAGAUAAUCACUUCCG